AUGGCCGAAAUGGGCGCAAUUCGUAUGUUCAUGAAGAUAAGAGCCUUCGAUAAGAUUCCGCUUGAAGGAACCAUUUCGUAUAAAGACCUGGCAGCUAGCCUGGGCGCUGAAGAGGCACUCAUCAGCUUCCUUAAUCAAUCUGGAGAGGACCACGUCGCACAUUCGAGACACUCGAAGCUCUACGUCUAUGGGAACCCACAGGGCGUCUUUUUCCAAAUCAUGUUCGACGAAGCCAUGGUGCCGUGGGUCCAUUGGGGCGACUAUUUCGACACGUACGGCCUUAAGGAGCCGAAGAUGGGCAACCACGUCCCGCACUCGUUUGCAUGGGGCCACGCGGAUUUGAACUUUUGGCAGGUCAUCAGCAAGUCCCCGCAGCGGCUGGUGGACUUCAACCAGAGCAUGAACACGCUUGAUGAGGUGUUGCCGGUGACGGGUAUGUACGAUUUUGGCUGGAUCGCAAAAGCCGAGGGACCAGAGGAUAGACCGCUCAUUGUCGAUGUUGGCGGCGGGAAAGGCCAGGCUCUCAAGCGUAUCAUGGCGGCAUUUCCAGAAAUUCCGUCCAAGAGAAUGGUGCUCCAGGAUCGAGAGGACGUUAUUCAAGAAGUCAUUGACGCCCACGAGGCGGGGGCGCUCGUCUAUUAUAUCCGGCGCUGCAUGCACGACUGGCACGACGAAAACGACCGUACCAUCCUCGCCCACCUCGCUGAGGCCGCGGCACCUGACUCGAAAGUCCUUAUUACCGAACAGAUCAUGCCGAAUCCACCCACCGCUCUUAACGCGUGGACAGAUCUUUGCAUGAUGAAUCUUGGCGGUAAGGAGCGCACUGAGAAGAUGUUCGGGGAGCUCGUCGCAAGUGCUGGCCUAAAAGUGAUUGGCGUUCAUAAGAGCUUGGCGACCGAUGUUGCGGUCAUUGAAUGCGUUAAAGCGUAA